AUGUUUGCCGAUUCGACUUUUUUUGGAGGGGAAGAUAGUGACCUGGAAGAUUACCAAGAUUCCAUCGAUGUUCGUUGGAUCCAGGGCCGCUGCAGACCCCGGCAGGUACGGCCGAGGGACGACCCUUUCUACCGGUACGAUGACGUAGAUUUUAUCACGCGAUUCCGACUCUCCAAGGAUGCUACCAUCCGGCUGCUGAGCCGAAUCGAACACGCCAUCGCCUUCGACGGCCUUCGCAACUGCCCACUGUCGCCCAUCAACCAGCUCUUGGUCGCUCUUCGAUUCUACGCGACGGGCACCUUCCAGGUAGUUUUGGGCGACCUGUGGGGUGUGCACAAGUCAACUGUGUGUCGAGUCGUCCAGCGGGUCACGCACGCCAUUGCUGCGCUGGCAAGGGACUUCAUCUCUUUUCCCACGACCGAGGCGGAACGCAGGACUGUUUCCGAAGGAUUCUACAGCAUGCAAGGAUUCCCAGGCGUUGUUGGAGCAAUCGACUGCACGCACGUCCCCAUCCAGUCGCCUGGAGGUGAUCGCGCCGAACUGUAUCGGAACCGGGCCGGAUACUUUUUCAUUAAUGUGCAGACAGUGUCAGACCAUCAACUCUGCAUCCGCAACAUUGUGGUCCGGUGGCCAGGCUCGGUGCACGACAGCACAAUCUUUGGCAACAGUGCUUUAAAAACACUGUUUGAGAGUGGACAGAUGAAUGAGAGCAUCUUGCUAGGAGAUGGAGACUAUGCCUGCUCCAGGUACCUCUUCACACCAGUUGCUGCACCGAAGACGCCAGCUAAGAGAGCCUACAACCGAGCCCACAUACCGACACGCAGUACUGUUGAAAGGCAGUAUGGCGUGUGGAAGCGCCGCUUCCCCACUCUGGAGUUUGGACUCCGCAUCAAGCUGGAGACUGCACUGUCCAGCAUCGUGGCCAUGGCAGUGGUCCACAAUCUGGCACUCCAGCUGGGUGAAGCCGAACCACCCGUAGACUUGAGGUUGGCAAGUCGUCGACGCGUCUUCUCAGAUGUAGUAGUCGAGCAUGUUCCUGAGCACCAUGGCAGGACCAGUGCAAGAUCGGCACUCAUCGACCAGGUGUUUGCCAGGCGAGCCCGUGUAGCGAGGCGAAGGGAGUAA